AUGAGGUUCUUUUUUUUCAUCCUAGCACUUAUUACAGUCAUAGCUGCUAAAACUACAUCCACAACAACAGCUCAAACAACCGUUUGGCGUACAGGUACUAAUUCGGAAGGGGUCACAGUUACUACCCAAGCCAUUUUCACUCCAUCAUUUAUGUCUACCUAUGGAAAUGAUGAUACUGAAUCCGUUGCAGCUGGUACUAUAGGUUUAGGCUCGCUCAGUGGUACAGUUGGUAAGGUUAGAUCUUAUACCAGAACCACUAUCACAGAUUCAGGGGCAUUUUCGUUUAAAUCCACAUUGUCUGCCUCGGAUAGAGGAAUGGGGUUCCAAAGCUCAGUAUUGAUAGGAUUGCUUUCUGGGUUUGGUUUAUUCCUCAUGUUUGCAUUCUAA